UCUUUUGAUCCUCUGCCAUCAUGGGUAUUUCGCGAGAUCAUUAUCACAAACGAAGACCCACCGGAGGUAAACGUAAACCUCUUAGAAAGAAGAGGAAGUUCGAAUUAGGUAGACCUGCUGCCAACACCAAGCUUGGUGCCCAGAGAAUCCACACCGUUCGUACUCGUGGAGGUAACAAGAAGUACCGUGCACUUCGUCUUGACACUGGUAAUUUUUCAUGGGCAAGUGAGUGUAGCACCCGUAAAACUCGUAUCAUCGAUGUGGUCUACAACGCCUCUAACAAUGAACUUGUUAGAACUAAAACUUUGGUAAAGAACGCUAUCGUUACUAUCGAUGCUACUCCAUUCAGACAAUGGUAUGAAAGCCACUACAUCUUACCAUUGGGACGCAAACGCGGAGCUAAACUUACUGAAGCCGAAGAGGAGAUUUUGAAUAAGAAAAGAUCCAAGAAAACUGAAAACAAAUACAAGGCAAGACAGCGGCUGGCUAAAGUUGAACCAGCAUUGGAAGAGCAGUUCGCAACUGGACGUGUGUUAGCCUGUAUUGCAAGCCGACCAGGUCAAUGUGGUCGCGCUGAUGGUUACAUUUUGGAAGGCAAAGAACUCGAGUUCUACAUGCGUAAAAUAAAAAGUAAAAAAGCCAAGUAAUGUAACGGCUAAUAAACAAGUCUUCGAAAAAAUGAUAA